UCAUUUUGCCGAGUAAUCGCUCUGCCAUCUCAUUGGUCGGAUCGUAGCACGUGACCAACACGAAUGGCGGAAACAUAAAUCGCAGCACCGCAGGCCGAGAUGGAGCUGAUGUUCUCUACUUUACUCUUCUAGUUGUUUAAUUAUGUCUACUUUAGUGUUGGACAACGGAGCGUACACAGCGAAGAUCGGCUACAGCCACCAGAGCCUCAGCGUCGUCCCGAACUGUCAGUUCCGUUCCAAGACGUCGCGCCUGAAGACGUUCACGGCCAACCAGCUGGACGAGAUCAAAGAUCCUUCGGGGCUCUUCUACAUCCUGCCCUUCCAGAAGGGUUACCUCGUCAACUGGGAUGUACAGCGGAAGGUGUGGGACCACCUGUUUGGGAAGGAGCUGAUGAAGGUGGAUUUUGCGGACACCAGCGUGAUCGUCAGCGAGCCCCUGUACAACUUCUCCUCCAUCCAGGAGUCCAUGAACGAGAUCCUGUUUGAGGAGUACCAGUUCCAGUCGGUGCUCAGGAUCAACGCCGGCUCCAUGAGUGCACACCACUACAUCCAGACGAACCCGUCGGUGCUGUGCUGCCUGGUGGUGGACAGUGGAUACUCCUUCACCCACAUCACCCCCUACUGCCGCGGGAGGAAGAUGAAGAAGGGCAUCUGCAGGCUCAACGUCGGGGGGAAGCUGCUCACUAACCAUCUCAAGGAGAUCAUAUCAUACAGACAGCUCCAUGUGAUGGACGAGACCCAUGUGAUCAACCAGGUGAAGGAGGACGUCUGCUACGUGUCCCAGGACUUCUACCAGGACAUGAAGACCGCGCAACUGAAAGGAGAAGCUAACACCGUGAUGAGGGACUACGUCCUUCCUGACUUCAGCUCCAUCAGAAAAGGCUUCUGUAAGGCCCCGGAGGACAUGCUCUCCUCUGGGAAGUACAAGACGGGCGAGCAGAUCCUGCGUCUGACCAACGAGCGCUUUGCCGUGCCCGAGACGCUCUUCCACCCCUCAGACAUCGGCAUCCAGGAGAUGGGCAUCCCCGAGGCGGUGGUCAGGUCCAUCAGCAGCAUGCCACCGGAGAUGCAGCCCCACCUCUACCAGAACCUGGUGCUGACCGGGGGGAACUGCCUGUUCCCGGGAUUCAGGGAGCGGGUGCAGCGGGAGGUCCGGGCCCUGGCCCCCGCCGACCUCCCCGUGGCGGUGCUCCUGCCCCCCAAUCCGGUGGGCUACGCCUGGGAGGGCGGGAAGCUGCUCGCUGACGACCCCGACUACGACGAGAUGGUGGUCACCCGUGAGGAGUACGAAGAGAACGGCCAUUUCAUCUGUGAAGAAAAGUUUGAUAUUUGA